AUGCGUCACGAAAAUUCCACCCGUCGUCGUCAACGAAGACCGCGAGACGUCAUCGACGAAAAGCUCGGGAGACCCGACGCAUCGGACGAUGAUGAUUCGAAGUCACAAAACCGUUACGAAACCACGACGAACACGCUCGAUGAGGACGAACAGCGCGCGGUGAUCGACGCGUUCGUUCGAGCGCACGCGCAGUCGAGAUUGACCGCGGCGCGCGGGCUUGGACUCGCGUCCGUGGCGCUGUCGCUCGGGUACUUCAUUGGACGGUGCGCGCUCGGGUACGGCGCGCCGAGCGGGACGGACGCGUGGGGACGAUGCCCGCACAACGCGCGCGUGUACGUCGAUGAUGAACGUUGGAUGAUGGUGGUGUACGUCUUAGACGUUGCUAGCGCGUUGAGCGCGGCGUUGGCGGGAAUGGGGGCGUGGACGAGGAUGCGGCGCGGCGAGACGGGUGAAAAUUGGUGGAGCGCGUUCGGCGCGCGCGUCGGCGCGUCGGCGUCGUUAGGAUGGUUGUCGCUGGCGUUUUUCGUCUCCGGAGCGACCGUAGUAAACGUAGCGCAAGGUUUGGUCCCGUUCGCGUUCGCGUGGGCGUGCUCGCAGGUCGCUCGAACGCAGGAGGAACACGCGCGGGGAAUCGAGGAUUUAAAGGCGCGAAUGUAUCGGCACGAAAAAAUCUGA